AUGUCUUCCAUAAUUUCUUUCCUUUUUUUCAUUUCAGCCGUAGCAGCCUUUACUCAUCCUGGGGCCCUUCAUACUACAGAAGAUUUUGCACGAAUCAAUACCCACGUGGCAAAUGGGGAUAAGCCAUGGAACACGACUUGGGGUCUAUUAACCGCGAGCUCUUACGCACAAUCGUCUUAUCAGCCCAAGCCACAAAAGACUGUGUACCGUGGUUACAACGGGGUAGACGCAGAAAAUUAUCAACAUCUAUUUGAAGAUGCCGCAGCCGCCUACCAGCUGGCAGUGCGCUGGAAGAUCUCCAACGAUACCGUCUACGCCGAGGCUUCUAUCAACAUCUUGAGCUCCUGGGCGGCGACUCUGACGGCUAUCAGUGGCACGAGCGAUAAGUUCCUGGCCUCAGGACUGUAUGGAUACCAGAUGGCCAAUGCAGCCGAGCUCAUGAGGGAUUACUCGAAAUGGGAUAAUAGCAACAAAACUGCGACUGCUACGAUGUUGACAAAUGUCUUUGCCUCUAUGAACACACUGUUUCUGGAAAACCACAAUGGUCAAAACGACUAUCACUAUUAUGCCAACUGGGACCAAUGCAAUCUGGCUUCAUUGAUGGCAAUUGGUAUCUUCACCGAUAACCAGACCAUGUAUGAUUAUGCAGUUCGGUACAUGCUCACGGGACCGUCAAAUGGCGCUUUGCCCGUAUUUGCGAUUGCCAACUACACCGAAGAUGGCUCCGGUAAAUUAUUAACACAAGGCCAGGAAGCUGGACGUGACCAGGGCCAUGCUACACUGGAUAUAAUGCUAUUGGGGGUCAUUGCCCAGCAAGCAUACAACCAAGGAAACGACCUGUUUUCCACUUACGGAAAUGAAAUAUUGAACGCGGCCGAGUACGUUUCAAAGUAUAACGUCGGCUAUGACGUGCCGUACACAGCCUACGAUAGCUACCAGGGCAACCAGACUGUUAUUUCCAAUAAUUCUCGGGGGGACAUCCGCCCAGGAUUUGAGUUACUGUCAGCACAUUACGGUCAAUUGAACGGCCUGAACUCUUCAUGGACAGAUACUUAUCGGGAUUUCAUUAACACCAAGUCCACUGAUGGUGUUGAAGGCGGCGGUGGUAACUAUGGCUCUACUUCCGGUGGCUUUGAUGGCCUCGGGUUUGGGUAA